UAGUUAUGUAUAAUAUAUGAUGGAUCACGAUAUAUUAUCAAUCGUUUCAAACGUAUACGAUAAUCAGAUAGUGAUAAUUAUCUUAGUUGAAAACAUUCAACGACGUAAACAAAGAUUUUUUAUCGUCGAUGUUCUUUGUUAAAUAAAAAGGCCAUGGCAGCAAAAUAUGAAUAGUAUUAUUUUACAUAAAUAUCAGUAUUAGUGAUAAAACCGAACUAUAUACUUACAAAAAAUGAUUUAUUAUUUUUCUUUCAUGUACUAAGCUAUCCCAGUCGCCAUUUUUCUCUUUAAAUAAACCUGAAGUCAGUGACCGCUGCCGGUUUUCCGAACAAAAAUAGCAAUCGGCAACACAGUGUUUUAUACUAUAUCAACAGUGAAAUUUGUGCUCGGGUUACCAAAAAAAGAAAAAUUUCAGUGCAAUAAUAAUUAUAAAAAUAAGUUUUUUGAUUGUGUAUAUAAGUCAGUGUGACAUUUCGGAAGCGUUUUACAGAGCAGUUUUAAUUAUUCACUAUCAGUGACUAGUCAUUGAUGAAGAAAUCAACGGAUUUUCAGUUGAAGCCACACAGACGGAAAUAAAAAUAUUUAAACGUUUAUCUGGAAAAUCCUAAUAUGGCACACGCACCACCGGCGACCGCCGGCCGUAAACGAAAACAUUCCCACGAACAGCAAGAUAUUCACAAGUUCCAAGGAAAAGAAUCGAUUCUAACGUCUCAAAUCGAAUUAUACAUCGAAGACGUUAAACCGACAAUACCCGAUGGGGGCUGGGGCUGGGUUAUAGUGUUGGCGUGUUUUUUUCUUAACGGGAUAUCCGAAGGAAUCAGUUUUUCGUUCGGGCUUUUGUAUAUUGAAUUUUUACACGAAUUCGGUGGAUCGAAAUCGGCGACGUCAUGGGUCGGUAGUCUGUUUUUAGCGAUGCCUCUUCUAGCAGGUCCCAUAGGUAGCGCUAUGGUAGAUCGAUACGGUUGUAUAUCGAUGACAGUAUUGGGUAGUUUGAUAUCUACGUUCGGAUUCGUACUAAGCACGUACGUUUCGUCGUUGAGUAUGUUGUACGUCACUUUUGGAAUAAUAGGUGGAAUAGGUAGAGCUUUGACGUACGUCACGGCGGUGGUUUCAAUAGCGUUUUGGUUCGAGAAAAAGAGAGCCGUGGCGUUGGGGAUAGCGGCGAGCGGUACCGGCGUCGGUACGGUAGCUUUCGCGCCGUUAACCACGUUGUGCGUCUACGAAUACGGUUGGAGGGGAACCAUUUUGUUGUUGGGCGGUUGUUUGCUCAAUAUGAGCGUGUGCGGGGUAUUGAUGAGAGAUCCGAAAUGGAUCCAAGAUCAACAUCGCGUGAAGAAGACGGCGAGAAAGGCCACAAAAAAAAGAACGAAGAUUCCCAUCGAUAAUAAUAUGUUAGGUAAAAGGGAUAAUCCGCAACUGGUUUUACAGCGAGUUAGUACCUCGUUGGAUCUAACGGAAAAAGAUCGAUUCCGUUCGGCGAUCGAUCUGCCGACUUUCGUAAAGGAAAACGAGAAGUUGCCAUUGGAAGUGAUAAAUAGAUUAAGCGAGAACAAACAACUUUAUAAAAUCAUUCUCGAAAAUUACCCGAAUUUUUCUAAAAGAUCCGCUUCGAAUCAAGACAUCCAUAUACACGAAAACGGAAUCAAUUCGAGAAUACCGGUAAAAUUCUCGAUGAGAAUCAAAAAGACUGAAUUUGUUAUACCGGAAGAAGACGAAGAAGAAGAAGAAGACGAAAUCGAAAGUCAAACCGAAUCCGAUCACGAAGCUAGAUUACUUUACGGCGUUCCACAAAAUCCCAUUAAACACGAACCGCACAGUUACUUGGACAUUAUGACAAUGUCUAGUCCGGAUUUGUACAAACCUUUCAGGAAUACCAACGUCGAUACGCCAGUUGUUAACGAGAAAUGGUACGUACAGUUUUUCAAACCUAUGAAAGGUCUGUUAAAUUUCUCGUUAUUCUUAGAGCUUCAUUUUUUGUUGUUGUCUCUGUCCACUACCGUCUUGUACGUAUGGUUUAUAGUGCCUUAUUUUUACGUAGCCGAACACAUGACAAAUAUCGGUUACACAGAUUCUCAAGCUUCAUCAGUAUUAUCCGCAAUCGGAUUUACAAAUACCAUAGGCAUGGUUUUCCUCGGGUGGGCCGGCGAAAAAUUAAACAUCGCCAAAACGUACGCGGCGUGUAUAAUAAUAUGCGGCGUAAGUGUAGCGUGCAUUAUAUGGUUCUCCGGCAGUUUUAUUGGAUUGUUGAUCGUAUGUGCCUUAUUUGGGUUAUUUUUCGCUAGCUGUUUUUCGUUAUUACCGUCAUUGCUUGGAGAAUUGGUACCUUUGGAGGAUUUCACCAUGGCUUAUGGUCUUAUAUUAUUAUGCAUGGGCAUUGGAAACCUCAGUGGACCCCCCUUGGCAGGUUUCUUAUUUGAUCUUACUAAAAGUUGGAAUUUAUCGUUUUAUCAGGCAGCUGGAUGGAUUGUAUUUAGCGGUAUCCUGAUCGGUAUCAUUCCGUUCACCAAAAAUAGAAAAAUUAUAGGAUCCGGACCUGUUUUAAAUGACCAAUAGUUUUUUUUUAAAUUACUUAAUAGGUUAAAACGUUUAUUUUCGAAAAAAUAUUUUGCCAUUACAAGCUGUUAAUGUAUAUUUAUUACAAAUACAUCAUAUUACGUAUUAU